AUGGCGAUUGAAGGAAGCAUCAAGGUAACAGAUGCAGAGAGAUCACCUUGCGAUAUCGAGGGAUCCAUUAUGAAGAACUAUGGAAUACUGGGUCUCUUGAAACGUUUCUGGUGUGUACUCAAGGGUAACAAACUAUUCUUCUUCAAGUACAAAGGUGACCUAUACGCAAAGGGAUUGGUACAGAUUGAAGCAAAGACUGUUGUAAAGAAGGUGAAUGACAAGGAGUUUGUCGUUGAGAAUAUGAUUGGAAAUCACAAGUCGAGAGAUGUGUUCUAUUGUGACACUGGUUCAGAGUGCAAGACAUGGGUCGACAUUAUACAUAGAAACAUAUCGAUAUUCAAUGGAACGGCCGUCGUCGCCACACCCGUAUUCAUUCAACAGGUACCUCAACAGGUGAUCUAUCAAGGUCAACCACCUCCACAGUACUUCCAAGGAGGUCCUCCACCUCCCCAAUUCCAGGGCCAGCCACCCCCUCAAUACUACCAAGGCGGCCCUCCACCUCCCCAUUUCCAAGGUCAACCGCCUCCUCAAUUCCAGGGCGGCCCUCCACCUCCCCACUAUCAGGGCCAACAAUUCCAAGGCUCACCAUAUCCAGGCGAUCCACAGUUCCAGGGACCAUACCCUGGACAGCAGUAUCAAGGCGAUCCAAACUCGCCAUUCCAAGGCGGACCUCCACCUCCCCAAACAGGUCCAUACAAGCCACCUCCCCAGAACUAUCCACCUCCAGCCGAAUUGACUCAUCAGCCACCCGGUGCACCACAACUCUAUCCAGGUAUUGACGAUGCUACUCCAGUAUCACCGACUCAAACAAAGAUUUAA